GGGCAGAUACGCGCAUGCUCGUUGUCAGGGGGAGUGAGAGGAGCAUGAAUGGAGCAAAAUGGCGGAUCAUGUGCAGAGCCUAGCCCAGCUAGAGAUCCUGUGCAAGCAGCUGUAUGAGACCACGGACACCACCACACGUCUGCAGGCGGAGAAAGCCCUGGUGGAGUUCACCAACAGUCCUGACUGCCUGAGUAAAUGCCAGCUGUUGUUGGAGAGAGGAAGCUCCUCGUACUCGCAGUUGUUGGCUGCAACAUGUCUGUCCAAGUUGGUAUCGCGUACAAGCAACCCACUUCCCCUGGAGCAACGCAUUGACAUUCGAAAUUAUGUUCUUAAUUAUCUGGCAACCCGGCCAAAGCUUGCUGCCUUUGUGACACAAGCCCUGAUCCAGCUCUAUGCCAGAAUCACCAAGCUUGGCUGGUUCGACUGCCAAAAGGAAGAUUACGUCUUCAGGAACGUCAUAGUUGAUGUGACAAGAUUCCUGCAGGAUAGUGUUGAACAUUGCAUCAUAGGAGUCACAAUUCUUUCCCAGUUAACCAAUGAGAUUAACCAAGCAGAUUCAACACAUCCGCUUACAAAACACAGGAAGAUUGCAUCAUCAUUUCGUGAUUCCUCUUUGUUUGACAUCUUCACCCUUUCCUGCAAUCUCCUCAAGCAGGCCUCUGGGAAGAACUUGAAUCUAAAUGAUGAGAGCCAGCACGGGCUGCUCAUGCAGUUACUCAAACUGGCACACAAUUGCCUAAACUUUGACUUUAUUGGUACAUCCACCGAUGAGUCCUCAGAUGAUCUGUGCACUGUCCAGAUCCCCACCAGCUGGAGAUCAGCCUUUUUGGAUUCCUCAACCUUGCAGCUGUUUUUUGAUUUGUAUCAUUCCAUCCCUCCCUCACUGUCUCCUUUGGUUUUGUCUUGUCUAGUCCAAAUAGCAUCUGUUCGAAGGUCUCUCUUCAACAAUGCAGAGAGAGCAAAGUUCCUCUCCCUUUUAGUAGAUGGUGUGAAGAGAAUAUUGGAGAACCCUCAAAGUUUGUCGGACCCAAACAACUACCAUGAGUUCUGCCGACUGCUGGCUCGACUCAAGAGUAACUAUCAGCUGGGAGAACUUGUUAAAGUAGAGAACUACCCCGAGGUCAUAAGACUGAUUGCAAACUUCACUGUAACUAGUCUGCAGCACUGGGAGUUUGCCCCCAACAGUGUGCACUAUCUGCUGAGUUUGUGGCAACGACUAGCAGCCUCCGUCCCCUACGUGAAGGCCACGGAGCCCCACAUGCUGGAGACCUACACCCCUGAGGUGACCAAGGCCUACAUCACCUCUCGCCUAGAGUCCGUGCACAUCAUUUUGAGGGAUGGUCUUGAAGACCCAUUGGAUGAUGCUGGCUUGGUGCAGCAGCAGUUGGACCAGCUGUCCACUAUUGGGCGAUGCGAGUAUGAGAAGACUUGCGCCCUGCUGGUCCAGCUCUUCGAUCAGUCUGCCCAGUCCUACCAAGAGCUGCUGCAGUCCACCAACUCCAGCACAAUAGACAUAGCAGUGCAGGAGGGUCGUUUGACGUGGCUGGUAUACAUUAUUGGUGCAGUAAUUGGAGGAAGAGUGUCCUUCGCCAGCACAGAUGAGCAGGAUGCCAUGGAUGGAGAGCUUGUGUGUCGAGUCUUGCAGUUGAUGAACCUCACCGACUCUCGACUGGCCCAAGCAGGAAAUGAGAAGCUCGAGUUAGCCAUGCUUAGUUUCUUCGAACAGUUCCGCAAAAUCUACAUCGGUGACCAGGUGCAAAAAUCAUCAAAGUUGUAUCGGAGACUAUCAGAAGUUCUUGGCCUAAAUGAUGAGACCAUGGUACUCAGUGUUUUCAUUGGAAAAAUAAUCACCAACCUGAAGUACUGGGGACAGUGUGAACCAAUCACAUCAAAGACACUACAGCUUCUCAACGACCUUUCUAUUGGGUACAGCAGUGUUAGAAAACUAGUGAAACUCAGCGCUGUCCAGUUCAUGCUAAACAACCAUACAAGUGAGCACUUUUCUUUCCUGGGUGUGAACAAUCAGGCCAACCUCAGUGACAUGAGGUGUCGUACCACUUUUUACACAGCCCUGGGAAGACUUCUUAUGGUUGAUUUGGGAGAGGAUGAGGACCAGUUUGAGCAGUUCAUGCUUCCUCUCACUGCUGCGUUUGAGACCGUCGCUCAGAUGUUUAGCACCAACACCUUCAAUGAACAAGAAGCAAAAAGGACUUUAGUAGGACUGGUGAGAGAUCUGAGGGGAAUUGCCUUUGCCUUCAAUGCCAAGACCAGCUUUAUGAUGCUAUUUGACUGGAUUUACCCCUCUUAUAUGCCCAUCUUACAGAGGGCGAUAGAGCUCUGGUACCAUGUACCCGCCUGCACCACACCGGUCCUCAAACUGAUGGCUGAGCUUGUCCACAACAGGUCACAGAGAUUACAAUUUGACGUGUCAUCACCAAAUGGCAUACUGCUGUUUAGGGAGACGAGCAAGAUGAUAACAACAUAUGGUAAUCGGAUCCUGACGCUAGGUGAUUUGCCAAAAGAUCAGGUGUACGCUUUGAAACUGAAAGGAAUUUCCAUCUGUUUUUCCAUGCUGAAAGCCGUACUAAGCGGCAACUAUGUCAACUUUGGUGUCUUCCGUCUGUAUGGCGAUGAUGCCCUGGACAACUCCCUGCAGACCUUUAUUAAGCUGCUUUUGUCCAUCCCUCACAGUGACCUGCUGGACUAUCCAAAGCUUAGUCAGUCUUUCUACUCGCUUCUGGAGGUGCUAACUCAAGACCAUAUGAACUUCAUUGCCAGUCUGGAACCUCAUGUGGUCAUGUACAUCCUGUCUUCAAUAUCAGAGGGGCUCACAGCACUUGACACAAUGGUUUGCACUGGUUGCUGCUCCAGCCUGGACCACAUAGUUACUUAUCUAUUUAAGCAGCUGUCACGCAGUACUAAGAAAAGAACGGCACCCAUGGCACAGGAGAGCGAUCGCUUCCUUCACAUAAUGCAGCAGCACCCUGAGAUGAUUCAACAGAUGCUGUCCACAGUGUUGAAUAUCAUAAUUUUUGAAGAUUGUAGGAAUCAGUGGUCAAUGUCACGGCCGCUGCUAGGCUUGAUUCUACUCAAUGAGAAGUAUUUUGCAGAUUUGAGGAACAGCAUUGUGAACAGCCAGCCACCAGAAAAGCAGCAAGCCAUGCACUUAUGCUUUGAAAAUCUCAUGGAGGGCAUAGAGCGAAACUUGCUCACAAAAAACAGAGACAGGUUUACACAGAAUCUUUCAGUAUUUAGAAGAGAAGUCAAUGACUCCAUGAAGAAUUCCACAUACGGGGUAAACAGCAACGAUAUGAUGAGCUGACAUUCCAUAGAGAACCAGGCCCCACCCAUGUGGGCCAGCCCCACCCUGUACUCCCACACUCCCCUGGCCCGGAUGCUGGGGGACCACCGCUUCUCAAGCCUGCACCUCCUGCUCCCCUAAAUUAAAACCCACCACCAACUGUCCCCUCACACCUCAUUCCUUUUCCUCUCCCUCUUAUCCCCUUUUUAUAUAUACACUUAUAAAUAUAUACAUAUUUUAAAGCCAGUUUCUAGAGGUCAUUCUCCUUGAUCAUUCUCUUGUCAUUUGUGGCUCAAAGUCCAAAGAGAGAGAGGGUAAUGCUGGGGAAUGGGUUUGGGAUGUGGGACGGCACCAGUGUGGACUCGAGAGUGUGCGGAGCACGUCUGACCUGCUCAUAGGGAUGAUGGGAACUGGGCAUAGUGUGUGUGUGUGAGUGUCUUUGAGAGCAUGUCUGUGGGAGGAUGGGUUAUGAUGAGCUGGUAUACAUCGUGCUCUGCUUUUGCCUGCCUUGUAUAGAAACACAUAAGGAAAAAAAAAAAGUGUACAUUUUUUUCAUAACAUUUUCAACAAUGUUUAUAAUGAUUACAAUUUAAGAAAAAUAAUGAGUGUGAUUGAAAACUUUUUACAGUCUAGUACGCUAGUGCAACUGUGAAGUGUGGUUUUGUCUGUAUGGAGAGAAUCGUUUAUAUCCGGUUGACAAUAUGUGGAAUUGUGGUGUGAGUGGUGGGAUUGACGGGUGGACAGGGCAAGGUGGGGUCACAGGUGGAUCGCAUGUUGUACAUUUUCCUCAGUUUGUACCUAUAGAACAAAAAUUGGGAGCAAAAAGGACUUUGUAAAUACACUCUGCCCGUCAGAUUUUCUCAAGCAGAACGUCUAUAAGGGGGCCAGAGGGAUUCAAUUGCCCUCAUUUAAAGGAAUAUUCUGGGUUCAAUAGAAGUUCAGCUCAAUUGACCGAAUUUGUGGCAUUAUGUUAAUUACCACAAAAAAUAAUUUCAGUUCACCCCAAGCUUAUUAAAAAAAACUGCGAUUUCAUUGAGGCACUAACAAUGGAAGUGAAUGCAGUCAGUCCAUAAAUGGUAAAAUACACACCGUUUUAAAAGUAUAACCACAAGAUGUAAACAUUAUAAAAUUGCUUGCAAACCUUUUCUGUGUAAAGUUAUAUAAAUUACCAGGAUUACAGGGUUUUGUUGACUUGACAACAAAAGUGUAAAAUUGGAAAUAACUGCACAGAUAAGGUUAGCAAGUGAUAUUAUCACACUAAAAUCAUGUUAACAUGUAUGUUUAAGUCUUUGGUGUGUGUUGGAUUUCUCGACUGGCCUCAUUUACUUCCAUUGUAACUGCAAAAAAAAAAGAAUUGUUGCUUUUUGUAAAUAAAAUAGAGGACCAAAUCUACUUUUAUUUUUUGGAAAUCAGCAUUGUGCCAUUAAUGCUGUUAAUUGAGUUUAACUUCUUUUGAACCCAGAACUUUCCUUAACCUUUGGUAUGAUGAAGUCAGUCAUUUGACAACUUGCCCUGUUUGGGCCAUCGUGACAUCCCCCUGCCUUCAUCGUCGAGUUAUUCUUAGUAUCAUCGCUGACCUGGGAACAAUCCUAGAAUGACAGCCUCGCUCUGGUGUUUAAUUCAUUCCAAGAAUUCCAAAGGGUUCGAUCAUGUCUUUUGUGGAUUUGAUUAGAAAAUGUGAGUCAUGGUUGUGGUGAAGUUGCUCGCUCUGAGCUUUCUUCAACUUCCCUGCUGUUUAACCUCACAGGCUUCCGCACUCUUGUGGCUUUAUUGUUGGUAGUGAAGCCUCUAGAAUGAAGCCGUGUCCUUUAAAAAAAGACCCUGGUACUUGAAUCACAACAGGAGCAGAUCACUCUUGACAGUUGUCUCUAGCUUUAACCUCUUCCUUUAUUUCUGUUCUUGCCCCCUCCCUCAGAAGGUUUCCAGUUUUAUUUUUAAUAACAGGAAAACGUAAUGCAUCAGAAUAUGGUAGAUUUGAAUACAGAAACCGAAUUGAAUAUAUUAGCAACUUGUGCUACUCAACAUGUUGCUGCUAACUGUUUGUAAAGAACUAGCUCAUCUCUUAACCACAGCCAACACUUACGGAUGUUCACUUGAGUUCUUUUCUUUCUCUUGGUUCCCUGAUAUGAAUGUGUUUUUUGGCGACUGUGUGUUGGGUCCAUUGAGUGAUAAGGUAGCUGGUUGAAUUGUUUGUUUGGAUGUAUGCUACAUAUAGUGUAAGCAUUGUGACUGCAAAAUAAACAUCAUUGGUUUGUA